GAGGCAGGGAGGCGGGACCCCGGACCAACACUAUAUACGAGUAGCCCCUGAACCCCGGGGGUCAGUGUAGGGGUGCGUUGGGGGCGGGGGGCUCUGGUGGCCACUGCUGGGUGCCUGCAAGGCAGUACACUACUGCCCCCCGCCCAGAGAAAGGGUGCUUUCAAAAGGGGGCGUUUGGGGCGGGCUUUCCUUUUGUUUUUCCACUGUAUAUCCCCACUAAGCUCCAGACAUCCCGUGUCCGCAAGUGUGCACUACUGAAAAGUCAAGACAGUGUGCCCGGAAAGCUGUUCCCCCUGCACUGCAGGAUACACAGUGCGGUUCACCAUGGUUGCAACUAGCAGCUUAAGCAGUAAAAAUUCGGCCAGCAUUUCAGAGUUGAUAGACCGUGGCUUUCCGCCUGGAAGUCUAACUGAUUUUGACUACUGGGAUUAUGUCGUGCCAGAACCCAACCUCAACGAGACAAUAGUUGAAGAGACGACUUGCCAGAGCUUGGCUAAAAUGCUGGAGAAUUGCCUGUCCAAAUCCAAGCAGACCAAACUUGGCUGCUCCAAGGUUCUUGUGCCUGAGAAACUGACCAAGAGAAUAGCUCAAGAUGUGUUACGCCUGUCUUCCCCUGAGCCCUGUGGCCUUCGAGGCUGUAUUAUCCAUGUGAACUUGGAAAUUGAAAAUGUAUGUAAGAAACUGGAUAAGAUUGUGUGUGAUGCUAGUGUGGUACCUACGUUUGAGCUUACCCUGGUGUUUAAGCAGGAAAACUGUUCAUGGUCUAACUUCAAAGACUUUUUCUUCAGUAAAGCUCGUUUCACAUCUGGCUUUAGGAGAACUCUGAUUCUCAGCCCAGGGUUUAGACUUGUUAAAAGGAAGCUUUACUCAUUGAUUGGAACAGUCAUUGAAGAGUGCUAGAAAAAUCUCUCUUGCAGACUUCUAAUAGAUUGUGCCACUGCUUGGUUUGAUGUCUCUCAUAGCUUAACUGGCCUCGUCAAGAAACCCCAGAUUUAACCCAUCUGACAUAUGUGUUCCUUAUUCAGCACAACCUCAAGGGUUUUGCUCCAAAGCCUUCAUCUUGGGUCCUGGCCAAAACAUCCCCAAGGGAGUACACAAUUUCUACCGAUUAAGGCCAGAGCCACUGAAAAAUAGGAAGGAGCAGGAGGGAACCCAGUGAGCAAUUGCCUUCAUUUGGAUAGCUGAAUCUGCUCUGCCCAUCCUUUCAGAGACAGGCAGGCUACUUAGUCAUUAAGUAAUUAGUCACAUCCAACCAGUCAGGCCUGGAGCUUAACUUGUUGACAAUACAAAUGACAUUUUGCUUAGUUUGCUUUUAAUAAUGGCACUUUAAUCGUGCUUGAACAGAAUCCUUCCAACCAUAUAGCCUUAUUAAGUGAAGUUCAGCCAAUACAAAAACUUUGGGAAGCACAGAAAGCCAACGUUCCUAGCUCGUGCUGAAGGGUUCCUAUCCCACAAGGUGGCCUUGAAGUCUCUGUGCCUGACUUAAAACUGACUCUCAGAAAGAUUUGAUUAGGAAUGAUACAGAGACAGCCCUCUUGGCACAUCCCUCUGAAUUUGAAGAUGUGGGGGAGAGCAAUUUUGCAUUAUAACUUUCAACAAAUUUAUUUACUCAGCUUCAUAGUAAAGUAUGCCCUCAAUUUUUAAAGGGUUCUACAUUGCAAAUUACUUUUUUUUUUCAUUUUAAAAUUCUUACCUGCUGUCAGAAUUGAUACUAGUGCUGGUUCCAAGGCAGAAGAGCAAUAAGGACUAGGCAGUAGGGGUUAAGUGACUUGUCCAGGGUCACACAGCUAGGAAGUACCUGAGGCCAGAUUUGAAUUCAGGAUCUCCCUUCUUCUAGACUUGGCUCCAUCUAUUGAGCCACCUAGCUGCCCAUAUAAUACCUUUUGAGCUGGAGAAAGGUAAUAAAUGAAAUAGAGUGAUAAUAUAAUAACAGUGGAAAGAACACUGGCCCUUGGUUCAAAUCCUGCCUAUAAUGUUUAGUAACUACACAAUCCAAGCUCAGGCAAGUUACCUUAAGCUCUCUACACCUCAGUUUCCUCACAUAUAAAAUGAAGAGAUAUAACUUUUAGAACUAGAAGAGACUCUAGAGCCCAUUAAGUCUAACGUCCAUACAUAACAAAUGAGGAAACUGAGAUCCAAAAAGCUUAAGAGAUUUGCCCGGGUUCAUAUAGCUAAUAAAUAUCUGGGUCAGGAUUUGAACUCACAUCUCUCCAGAGGCCAAAUUCAGUACUUUAACUGCUAUAUCAUGUUCCUUGUCAUAAAGCAGUGAGGGCUUUGGAUUUGAGAGCCUCCAUGGUUCCUUUUUAUAGAGCCCAAACAACAAAAGCAUAAUGCCAAACUGAGCUUCUGCAGCUAUAACAGAAAAGGAGGGCAUCCAUUAUCUGGCACAAUCCUUCUCUCAGGCUUGGCUGUCUAGCUUAUUGUCAACAUUUUGGGGGCUUAAUUCUAGAUUACCUUUUCACCUUGGUGGUAUCUCUUCAUUGCUCUGACCUUCCCUAUCCCUCUAGAGGAAUGCAUAGCACGGGGGAGCAACUGUUUCAGAGCGCUCGACUCCGUGUUCCUGCAAGGCUCUCAAGUAGUAACUGAAUAACUACUGCUAAUUGCUACUAUUUUAAUGAUCAGAAUCGGCAUUAGCCAUUGGUGAUGGGGACUUUGUUUGUUACAGCAUCCAGAAUGCUAACAAGAGUUUGGAUAACUCGGGGCAACACCUCAGUCUUUUUGUUUCUAAUUGUCCAAUGGGCUUGUUUUUCCCUGUUAUCCAGUACAGUUUUCCCACUGUUGCUAGGUAGUGAUGAACUAUGGUCUUAGCACCACAAUUUUAGUUGUGUUCACUCCUCAAGGCCUUCAUUUCCUUGCUCCAGGUGAUUUUGUGAGUUUAAAUGACAAAAUGUCAUUGAUCUACUCUUGCACAACAAAUUUUGGGUGGCUAGAUGGCACAGUAGAUAGAGUGCUGGACUUGAAGUUAAUGAGACCUGAGUUCAAAUAUGACCUCAGGCACUUACUAGCUGUGUGACCCUGGGCAAGUCACUAAAUCACAUUUACCUCAGUUUCGUCAUCUAUUAAACAAGCUGGAGAAGGAAAUGGCCAACUGCUCCAGUAUAUUUGCCAAGAAAAUCCCAAAUGGAGUCACAGAAUAGAAUGUGACUAAAAUGAUUAAUACCACCAAAAUCCAAGCAUAAAAGUUCAGUAUUACUCAAAAAAUGGCUGUGAUCUUGUCCCACAGCUGUCAUAGAUUGUAAUUAGUUCCUUUGGGGUUAGGCAGGAUUCCAUAUGAUCUGAUACAUGUCGAUCUGGGAAUGAUACCAUUGCAUUUGAGUUUGUAGUAGAUAGCUGUUAUUGUUUAUGGCUUAAUGAGCAAUGCAUCUCCUAAGUAUGGCAGGUCAAGCAAGACUCCCUGUUGUCCAAACUUCCUCCUCAUGGAUGUGGAGUUUCUAUUCCAUUAAUAGCUAUUGGUUUUACUUGUGUCUUUCUGGCUUAAAGAUGGAGACAAUUUGUGGAGGUUCUUAAAUUACUAUUCCUGUUAAAGGAAAUUCAAGUUUGUCUAUUUUUGACAAUAAAGCAUCGUAUAUUUUUAA